AUGGAGUUUUUCAGAAAAGCCAAAUCCGUUCGUUUCCGGAGCCACCACAACAAGUACCUAUUAGCCGACAACGACGAAGAGUCCAUUUGGCAAGACCCUGAGGGAACCGUAAAGAACGCGAAAUGGAUGGUGGAGAUCAAUGAGAGUGGAACAGCCAUACGUCUAAAGAGCUGUUAUGGAAAAUACUUAACGGCGUCAAACUUGCAGGGACGUCUGGGAAUGAAGAGCAAGAAGGUGGUGCAGACGUUGCCGAAGACGUUGGACACGACGGUUGAGUGGGAGCCAAUCAGAGAAGGGUUCAAGGUGAAGCUGAAGAUGGCAGGUCAUGACCAGUUUUUGAGAGCCAAUGGGGGUGUGCCGCCGUGGUUCAAUUCCAUCACACAUGAUACUGCUCAUCGGAAGAUGGCCAAGGAAUGGGCGCUGUGGAAUGUGGACGUGGUGGAGAUUGCCUCGCCAAAAAAAUCGACAUCUGAUGGCGGUGAAACAAAGGAUGGUGAUUCUGAGCAACUGGACACUUGUCCGUCCGAGAGUGACAUGACAUCAUCCCCGACGAAUCAAAAUUCAAAAAGUGUAAAGAGCGAAGGAUCCGGCGAUUCGCAACCACCGGACACUUGUAUGUUGGAAAUUGACAUGACGCCAUCGCCGGCGAAAAAGAAAUCAGAUCGUAAACAGAGGAAAAUACGUCGCGGAGUAGUUAGAACUAAUCCACUCUCUAUGUUUACCAUGUGUACUUGUAGUCCACCGGUUGAUUAUCAGAGAGGAUCCAUUAUCAAAAGUAAAAAUGAUAAGAAAGGAUCAAAACCAUCUUAA